CAGGUGUCUCUGACUGAGAUUUUAGGUUUUGUUGAGCCCGUUAAUGCAGAGACAGCAUGGCUGUGCUGAACCUGCUCCAUCAUGGACUCUUCUGGACUCUGCUGUGUGUCUUAUUUCUACUUUCUGCCUCUGAAGAGCUAAACAUCACAGCUGGACAGAGCGUCACUCUGACAUGUCGAGCUCCAAAUAGCAACAUCCCGAUCACAGUUGUAGAGUGGAGCAGAGCUGACCUGAAGGAAGAAUAUGUCCUUAUGUACCGGGACGGUCACUUAUAUGCAGAUGGUCAGCAUCCAUCUUUUAAGAACCGGGUGGAUCUGCAGGACAGACAGAUGAAGGAUGGAGACGUGUCUUUGAUUCUGAAAGAUGUGACGAUUAAUGACACUGGAACAUACGAGUGUCGUGUCGUCCAGAGAAAAACAAACCGCAGGAAGAGAGCUCAUCUGAAGACUGACCCCAUCAGCAGCAUCUACCUGAGUGUUGUUGAACCUUGUUAA